CUCUUCCACUUCGUGUGUUUCUCAGAAAAGAAAGAAUAUGCAAAGAAAGAAACUUCUAGAGAGAGAAACUAGAGAGGGAGAAACAGAGAGAAUAUAGCGCAAAAAUUGAAACCUAGGUUUCAAUUCUUGCAUCAAAGUUUCGAACUAGAUAGAUAGAGAAAAAUUGAAGCAAAUUAGUUUGUGUUUUUUUGUUAAUUUUUUUUUUCUUUCAGUAUUUUUGGUUUGAAUUAGGGUUUUGUUGAAUUGAUUUGUUAGGGUUUUGAUUUGGAAUUUGAAGUUUCUGAUUGUGUUUAGGAUAAUUGGUGAAAUUUGAAGCUUAUGUGAUAUGAGUGAAGUUAGUGUUUUCUAGGGUUUGUGUGUGUGUGUGUGGGGUUUCAAUGGGGAGCAUGGGUGAGCAUGAUAGAAAACGGCGUUUUAGCUCUUUAUCACCUACACCUGCAAUUGCCAAGAAGUUACCAUUCUUGCCAGUUUCUGAAGACAAAAAGCUUGAUAUUGCUGUACUUCAGUAUCAAAACCAAAAGCUCACACAGAAAUUAGAGACUCAGAAGUUAGAAUAUACAGCUCUUGAGAAUAAAUUUUCUCAACUGAAGGAGAGGCAACAGUCGUAUGAUUCUACCUUAGCAGUGGUCAAGAAGUCUUGGCAGCAGCUGGUUAAUGAUUUAGAGUCACGUUCUGAAUGCACAAGGGAGUCUAGCCGCAAAGCAGAUUCCAGUUUUGCAUCAAGCUCAAAUGGUUCUUCGUCUACUGUUCAAGAUGUUUUUCUUAGCCGACUUUUGCAAACUGGUGCUACUGAAAAUUCCUCCUCUAACCACUUUGCAAACGAGAUGGAACAACAUAGAGAAAUGACUGCUGAAAAAGUUAAAAGCAUUUUGAAUAAUAUAUUGACAUCUAGUAAUAACUUUCAUUGUCUGAAAGAUGGAUUUCAUACUGCACUACUGCAAAAGCUUCGAGAAGAUGUUUCAUGUGGGCAGAUGCUAUCCAAUGAUCUGGAGCUGGAAAGUAAAAACUUGAGAUUGGCAUUAAGUGAACUUCACUUAAAGCACAAGUCGUUAGCAAGUGAUUUCCGAAUUCAGAGGGAUCUGGAUGCCAAAAAUAAAGCUGAGCUUAAACGAUUAAAAGGGGAACUGGAAGGCACAGUUGCGGAGUUAGAAGAAAUCAAUCACAACCUUGCAACUCUUAAGGUAGAGAAAGAUGCAGCCAAAGGGGCAAUUCUCCCAGUAUUAGCUGUUGGGAAUACACAUAUUCCAAAUGAUAAGAUCAAAGACAAACAAAAGGAUUUACAAGAUAUGGAAUCUACUUUGAAGGAGCUAUUGGACCGAGCUUCAACACGAUUAGUGGAACUGAAACGUCUUCACGAGGAAAGAAUAAGGUUAUUACAGCAAUUGUGCGAUAUACAGAAUACAGUGAAGAAUUUGAAGUGUAUUACCUCUUCCCAUGCAUUCCAAUUGGUUAGAGAUCAGAUAGAAAAAUCAAAAUCUGAAGUGCAGGAGUAUCAGGCCUUAUAUGAGAAACUACAGGCUGAGAAGGAUAAUCUUGCAUGGAAGGAAAGGGAGUGGUACAUUAAAAAUGAUUUAGCUGAUCUUUUUCAAAGAUCUGUGACAGUUUCUGAUCUUAGAGUGGCUGAUAUACGCACUGAGAUACAGAAAGCGAUUGAGCAAAGAAAUGUGAUUGAAAAUAGGCUGAAAGAGGAAGCAAGAGAACCAGGAAGGAAAGAAAUUAUUGCCGAAUUUAAAUCUCUGCUUUCUUCGUUUCCUGAUGAAAUGGGAUCCAUGCAAAGUCAACUUACUAAAUAUAAAGAAUCAGCUUCAGAUCUCCAUUCUUUGCAUGCAAAUGUGCAUUCUAUUUCCAGUAUCCUUGAUCAGAAGGUAAAAGAAUGUGAUGCAUUAUCGGUUAGGUCUGCAGAUCAACUUGCUGAGAUAAACAGACUGCAUGUUGUGGUUCAAGAUUUGCGAGUGACUGAGGAUGAGAUGAAGUUGAUACUGCAAAUGUAUAGACACGAGACCAUUGAUUCAAGGGAUGUCAUGGAAGCAAGGGAAGCAGAAUACAGAGCAUGGGCACAUGUUCAAAGUUUGAAAUCAUCUCUUGAUGAGCACAAUUUAGAACUUCGAGUAAAAACAGCAAUUGAAUCAGAGGCCAGAUCACAGCAAAAACUUGCUGCGGCUGAAGCUGAGAUUGCAGAGAUGAGACAUAAAUUAGAUGAUUCUAAAAGGGAGAUGGGUAAAUUGUCUAAUGUCUUGAGAUCUAAAAAUGAAGAAAAUGAAGCCUACUUAUCUGAAAUAGAGGUUGAAUUUCUUAUCUUGGGGGAAUGGAUUUAUUUUUUCAUGACAAUUUUUUCCAAUUAUUCAGCUCAUAAAUUGUCUGUUUUUUUUACAAUGUAUUUUUUGUAUAUUGGAUGGAUGAUAUUCCUGCAGACAAUUGGACAAGCAUAUGAUGAUAUGCAAACCCAAAACCAGCAUCUGUUGCAUCAGAUUACUGAGAGAGAUGAUUACAAUAUUAAGCUUGUUUUAGAAGGUGUAAGGGCUAGACAAAAAACCGAUUCUUUGAUCAUGGAGAAGCAAUUAAUGGAACAAGAGAUCCAGCAAUCAAAUGUCUCUCUGAAUUUAUAUGAUACGAAAGCUGCAAGAAUUGAAGACCAGCUGAGGUUUUGCUCUGAUCAGAUUCAAAAACUUAAGGACAAUAAACAUCAAAGUUCUGUCGGUUUGGAAAAUGCACAAAGAAGGCUGUCGGAUAUUAAACCAUCAUCGCAACAAGUUAGGGAUACAGUGGUGGAAGUGCAAUCUAAAAUUACAAGUAGUCGGGUGACUUGUAUGGAGUUAGAAGUAGAACUCGAUAAAGAAAGGUUUGACAAAAAAAAAGUAGAAGAAGAUCUGGAGGUUGCUAAGAGAAACUUGUCACGUCUUAAAGCACAAGAUGAGGAUUCCUCAGUAACUGAUAAGCUUCAACAGGAACUGGGAGAGUACAGGGAAAUUGUCAAGUGCAGUAUCUGUCGAGACAAGACAAAAGAGGUGGUAAUUACAAAAUGCUACCACUUGUUCUGCAACUCAUGUAUCCAGAAAGUUGCUGGGAGUCGACAGCGCAAAUGUCCACAAUGUGGUGCAUGCUUUGGGGCUAAUGAUGUUAAGCCGGUUUAUUUGUAAUUAAGGUUCCAUCAUGCUUUUUGGGAAGACCCAGUGGUUUUUUAAAAAUGAUCUGUGGUGCAUGGUUCAAUUGUUUGCUUUUGCCAACUUUUGAGAGAAUUGAGAUCAGGAACAUUGGCAGCAACAUGAGUGCCCGUCUCAUUUCAUUUUGGACCAUAAAUGAUUGUUUUUGCUGGUACUUGAAGUUUCUCAGUACCACUUGUACUCUUUCUUGAAUGUGGGAUGUUUGGUUUUACUUUCGGCGAAAAGAAUUUGAAGCCACAGGAAACAUAUUUGUUCUUUUGCAGAUUUAUCAUAAGUCUUCUUCCAAUGAGAUUUGGAGAGGCCAUGAAGGUUUUUGUAUUUUUUGACUGUACAAUUAAUGUUUCAAACUAUUAUAAGCCUGAAUUGGCCAUGAUGGCUAAUUGCCUUGGAAGUAGACUCCUAAGAGUGCAAUGACAAUGUCUUACUCUUAGAUCAAUAGUUCUUUUUUUUUCUUUUUCUUUUUCUGCUGCGAUGGCAGAAGUUCAAAUUUUGGCUUUAGAGGCUUGUGUUGUUGUACUUGUAUAUAUCUUAGAUUCAUAAGGGGUCGUUCAAUUUUGGUUUAUCACAGCCUGUAAUUGUGUUAAUGAUAUGCCAAGAUAUCAUUGUAAUUUCUGUUGUAAUUUAUGAAUUCCCGAUUUAUCUUUC